CGCGAGAAUUGCUGCGAACCUCCUUCCUGUGUUUGACACGAUAGCCUUUUCCGGUUUCCGCUGCCGUGUUUCGUGUUUCAGCGCGGGAACCUUUUUCCGAUAGACAGUAAGAGAAGGGAAAAUUCGAGUACAAAACGAAGUGAAAACGAGAAAAACAUGGAUCCUUUGGAGGUGGAGUUUCUCGCAGAAAAAGAGACAGUGAAGAUAAUACCGAACUUUAGCCUGGACAAGAUUUAUUUAAUCGGGGGGGACCUUGGGCCAUUUAACCCUGGACUGCCAGUUGAUGUUCCCGUAUGGCUCGCUCUUAACUUAAAACAGAGGCAAAAAUGUAGAAUUGUUCCUCCUGAGUGGAUGGAAGUUGAGAAGCUGGAGGAGAUGCGAGAACUUGAGAGGAAAGAGAACACUUUCACUCCUGUCCCCAGUCCUUUUUCCAUGGGGCUGACAAAACUGCUGCUGACCCAUGCAUCAGACAACAUUCCAAAAGCAGACGAGAUACGAACCCUGGUCAAAGACAUCUGGGACACGCGAAUCGCCAAACUGCGCCUGUCUGCAGACAGCUUCAUCAGAGAACAAGAGGCUCACGCCAAGCUGGACAACCUGACUCUGAUGGAGAUCAACACUAUUCGGACAUUUCUGCUCGACUCCCUUAACUGCAUGUAUAAACUACGCUCUAAUCUGCAGCAGGGCUCCAGUAAAGGACAGUUCUCCAACUAUUAAUCCUGAUGUCAAAGAAACUCUAAUAAGAUUGGAAAAAGGCUGCGGCAUUUACUGGGAUUUUCUUAGUAUUAAGUCUUAGUUUUCUAUUCUCUGUACAUAUUUAGAAGCAUAAUGCCUUUCUUGUUUGUAUCAAUCGUAUUUAAUUUAGAAUUAGACAUAAUUUCACUAACUGUUUUUUAUAUUUCCAUGUCUGAGAAAAAAAAAAUGUAUUGUGUGUCAAUGAUGUCUGUAUGUUUUGUUGUGUAUUUAUACCAUAUUCUGUGCCUGACAAAACUUAAUAAAUUGAACUACCAUUUA